AUGCACCACGAAGCCCUUCAAGAAGCUCUUCCAGGAGACAAUGUUGGGUUCAAUGUCAAGAAUGUCGCAGUGAAGGAUCUCAAGCGUGGUUUCGUCGCCUCGAACUCCAAGGAUGACCCUGCAAGGGAAGCUUCCAACUUCACCUCCCAGGUCAUCAUCAUGAACCAUCCUGGUCAGAUCGGUAACGGUUAUGCCCCAGUUCUUGACUGUCACACAUCUCGCAUUUCUGUGAAGUUUGCUGAGAUCCUCACCAAGAUUGAUAGACGAUCCGGAAAGGAGCUUGAGAAGGAGCCCAAGUUCUCUACGUUUUCAGUUGCAGC